GUGCAGCACAAUCAAUUCAAUUCAACAGAGGAAGAACAUGGAGAAAGAAGGGGAAGAAACAGAACAACCAUCAUCGAACCAGAGCAAGAAGAAGACACCCAUAGUAAUAGGGGUUCCAUCAUACCAGGAAGUCAUAGAGAGUUCACAAUCGAAAUCGACGCCACCUUCUCUCUUCACCCCUUCCCAGACUUUCUCCCAAGCCUUUUCUUUCCUCAAAUCCUCCGAAUUCUAUUCCCCUCCUCCCACCUCCAACGCACCCACCUCUGCCGCUGAAAUUUCCGGCCAAAGGCAAAUUGAGGAACCCAAUGUGCCUUCUUCUUCAGCUUCUGCUCCAGCGCAGCCGCAUCCGGCUGCUGUUGUUUCAUCGUCAUCGAGCUCGUCCAAGAAUCGCAAUGCUAUCCUGGUUAGCAACCGACAGAAAGGAAAUCCCUUGCUCAAACAUAUCAGAAAUGUCAGAUGGGAUUUUGCAGAUGUUGUUUGUGAUUACUUGCUUGGGCAGAAUUCAUGUGCUCUCUAUUUAAGUCUUAGGUAUCAUUUGUUGCAUCCAGACUACCUAUAUUACCGUAUAAGAGAACUACAGAAAAACUUCAAGCUUCGUGUUGUUUUGUGCCAUGUUGAUGUGGAGGAUGUUGUCAAGCCUUUGCUUGAAGUUACUAAAACUGCUCUGCUUCAUGAUUGCACCCUAUUUUGUGGUUGGAGCUUGGAGGAAUGUGCCCGCUACUUGGAGACCAUAAAAGUAUAUGAAAACAAACCUGCAGACCUGAUUCAAGGUCACAUGGAUACAGAUUAUUUAUCAAGGCUAAACCAUGCACUUACUACCAUUCGACAUGUCAACAAAACUGAUGUUGUCACCCUUGGUUCUACGUUUGGGUCGCUUUCCAGUAUAAUGGAUGCAUCCAUGGAAGAUUUAGCUCGUUGCCCUGGCAUCGGAGAGCGUAAGGUAAAACGCUUGUAUGAUACUUUUCAUGAACCCUUCAAGCGCAUAGUUUCUAGCCAACCAGCUGUUCCAGAAACUUCAGUUCAGAAAAAUGCUGAACCAUCCUCGGCAGGUGAAGUUGCAGAAGUUGAGAAGGAUGGAGAAGAUAUAAACAAACGCAGGAAGACAGAACCGGAAUUGAAUGUUAAAUCAGCCCUUAAAGCUGCUUUUGCCAAGUAUGCUCAAACAAAUGGUCAGAAGAACAAUAAGUCAACAGUUGCGAAGAAGGCAGUAGAACACAGUAUUGCCAUGAAACCUCAAGCUGAAAAUGGUGAAUCCAGUGAAAAGGCCGGAACUUGAUCCUUAGUUUUAUCCAUAACGUUUAACUCUUAACGAGCAGACCAACCAGGUUCAAUUGAAAUGUUUGAAGAAUUGUUGCUCUUUGGAAGGAGAACAAAUAGCAUCAAGGCCAGGCUUUGCUCUCGGAUAUGGUUUGAGGCUUCAAAUUACUAGCUUACCAAAUAUUAUGUCUUGUGAGAUCAACUUUGGGGAUUAGAGGUCCAUUGAGUCAAAGUGAAAUAGCCUUAUCUGUAUAUACUUUCUAGAAGUAAAAUUAGCCUUUAGAAGUAUUUUUUCUAGAAAACUGCCCCACCCAAACCUUGGCUUUGUCUUCUUUGCCCGAACUUCAGAUUUUUCUG